UGAAAGAAAAAAAAAAAAAGAAAAAAAAAAGAAAAAGUCCACUCGUUUCUCCCUCUUCGUUUUCACUCUCCUCCGUAGACUCGUUUUCCCUGUCUCAGAGCCGCCGCCGCCUCCUCCUCGUCGUCCUCGUCGUCAUCGAUCGCCAUUAAUGGAGCCCAUCGCCGCGGCCACCGCCGAUUGGAGGGCCCAAGUCCCUCCCAGUGCGCGGCAAUCGGUCGUCGAUAAGAUAGGGGAGAUUCUCUUGAGUCGCUUGCACAUCUCUGAGCCUGAGCGAUGCAAAGAAAUUCAGAGAAUUGCUGUGAGAUUCGAGGAGCAGAUUUUCACUAUAGCUACCAGCCAGUCGGAUUAUUUGAAGAAAGUUUGUCUAAAACUGUUCUCAAUUGAGCUAAAGACGCAACAUGCUCCUCUGACCAACUCUGCUAUGACAGACGCUGCUGUUGUGCCUGAAAGUUCCAUUUAUCCAGCACAUGGCAUCCAGUCACAAGUCAGUUGCGAUAUGCUGCUGGCGCAUCAGGCUUCAGCUUCUUUGCUUCAGCCCCACGGUGCAGAUGAUCAACAGAAACUAAUUAUGUGGUCACAAACUAGCCUUCCAGAGGUCUCGCUUAAUGCAUUGGUAGGGUCAACAGCUGAAAAUGAACAUGCAGAUGGUAUUGAUUGGCAACAGGAGAUUUAUGAUAAGAUAAAAACCAUGAAAGAGCUGUACUUUGUGGAGCUUAUUGAACUUUACAAGAUGAUUGCUUUGAAGAUACAGCAGGUACAGCAGCAUGAUAUUCUUGAAACACCUGGAAAUCUAUCAGAUCGGGCUGAAAAAAUGAAGAAGUUUUUAGAGGGCAUCUUGGUAAUACUACAGCUUGACAAAAGCGACGUUCAGAUUGCUCUCAAGGACAAACUCCUUUUGUAUGAGAAAGAAAUAAUGCGUAUUCUAGCUUCACAUAAAAGGAAAGUUCCCGCUCAACAGCCCCAAGGACAGUCGCAGUUCCUGCAACCCAGUUUAUGUGCUCAUACUAUGCCGCAGCAACAGCCAGCUGAAAUUCCAAACUCAUCUGUUGUUUCUUCUUCUUCGAUGCCCGUACCAUCAUCUUCUAUACAAGAGGAGACGGAGAAACAGUUUUCUAAUGUAGCAUCUCUACCUAAUGCGGGACAAAAUGGUCAUCAACUAACAACUCUUCCACCUCCAGCUCUUCUUAUGCCUGGUAUGUCAGCCUCAUCCGUGCUGGCAGAAAUUGCAUGUCCCAAUGGAAAUCAGCCUAAUAUACCAACCUCAGUUCCUUGUCAAGCGAGCGCAACAGAAACUCCUCUAGUUCAGCUAUUGGAAGUGAUCUCUCAAAUUUGCGUUGUUGGCGGAGAGCGAGCUUGCGAACAUGUUGGGAGCGUCAGAUCGGGUCUUCGUGCGUCUGGUUGCGCGGCGUGCUUCCGUCUCGGCGUUCACAUUUUGGUUCAAUCAGCAAAUCCCGAGGCUCUUUGUUGUGCAGUUAAUGCUAUCGGAUCUGUUGUUACCAUGAUGGACGGGAUGGCGGUUUCUGCUCCUUUUUGCGGUUCUAGAGGUGCUCUUGGUGAAGAUUUAGCUGCAGCGACAUACGGCAGUUUACAAGGCAGAAGUUUCAUGUCAAUAGAUGGGAACACUGCAGCUAGAAAAAUGAAGCGUGACAUUGAUGCCAUGUCCUUGAAUAAUGUUUCCUUUGUUGGAGGUGCAAAUGAUAGCUCUGUGCAGUCUUACAGUCCUGGUGCAUCUGAAUUAGUGCCAACUAUGAAAUCCCAUGACAAGAGGAAAAAAACAAAGGUGAACCAUGCACCUACAGAAAAAUAUGAUCAGAAGAAUAGAGGAGGGGGCUUCGACUCAAGUGAUGCAGUUUGGGAACAUUGUGUGGGUGCUUGAUACAGUGUAGUCGAUAUCUCUCUCCACGGACUGCUUAUGCGGCCGAUAUACUAUCUAUCUAGCUAUUUGUAAGGCUAAAUUAUACUUUUGAUCCUCAAAACUACGAAGCACGUGAAACUUUGGACCUUAGAAGUUGUAGUUUUUUGCUUGAACUUUUUGAAUUAUUACAAUCAAGUCCUACAAUCCAAUUUAACUAACUAAAUAUUGAUGCGUUGUUAAUGUGGAAGUGUUGCAACAGCUUUGUGAUUGAUAACGCGAGAACAACUAAGAUGGUAAAUAACUUCCACAUUAGUGACGUGCCAACAUUUAGUCAACUAAAUUUGGUCGUAGGACUUUCUUGCAACAAUGUAGAGAGUUCGAGCCAUAAAUGGCGAUAAAUUAAAGCGCGAGGUCCAAACUAUCAGGCACCUCAUAGUUUGAGGACUAAAAGUGUAGUUUAGCCUAUUUGUAAAGUGUAAGUUGUAGUAUUCUUGUGGAGCUUGUCAUACAUGGUGUAGAUUUAUUUGUCUAUCUCCGCCAUCCUUGGGAUGCAGAGACCUCCUCUUGCAUUCAGCUGUAUAUAUAGACUUGCUGAAAUUCUACUACUGCUGGUACAAACAAGUGGGGGCCAGGAAAAAAAAAAAAAGGAAAAAGAAGGAAAUUGUUGUCUCAUGUUAUAAAAUUCAGUUUCUAUUUUUAUCA